AUGAGUAUUUUCAUUGCUGGCGGAUUUCUCUUCGUUCAUUAUGAUGGAAUUGAUCGUCUGCAAGAAAAGAUGGAUUCAUUUUUCAAAAAGGACACUAAAGAUAAAUCGCCUCCUAAGAAGGUCAGUUGUCAGUCAGUCUCCUCCUUCAAAGAGGAGUCCGAUGAUGCUAACGACUGCGAAGGUGACUUAAAAACCAAACCGAAGAAUACUUUCCGAACUCGUAAGUUCAUUGCCUACGAGGAUCGAAUUCGCGCCUAUUCGACUCCUGACAAGAUAUUCCGCUACUUCGCUACUCUGAAGCGAGUUGAAGAGGAUGGCUCCUCGGAGGUCUUCAUGACUCCGGACGACUUUCUGCGAGCCAUCACUCCCGGCUUGAAGCAGCCUGAUGGUCUGGACCUUGAUUCUUUCAUUCGAUUUGAUCCAAAGGACUCUGUCUUCUACUACCUCGGCAAUAAUGCUCUCAUAUCAUUCACUGAUUUUGUUUUCCUUCUCACGGUGAUCUCCACCCCUAGAAGACAGUUUGAAAUCGCCUUCCGUAUGUUCGAUAUCAACGGAGACGGUGAAUUGGAUGCUGAUGAAUUUGAUGUGGUUCGAGGCGUAAUUCUCGACACCACAGCCAUGGGCCGUCGUCACAGAGAUCACGCUACCACUGGCAACACCCUUAAAUCCGUCAAUCAGAGCGCUCUUCAUGAUUACUUCUUUGGACCCGACGGCAAGGAAAAAUUGAAAAUCGCCAAGUUCCUUGAUUUCCAAGCCAAGUUGCAGCAGGAAAUUACUCAGCUGGAAUUCAAUCGAUUGAAGCAAGAUACCCGGUUCGAUCGCUAUGAACCGGAAGGCGGCCGAAUAACUGAAGUUGCUUUUGCAAAAUCUCUUCUGACGUAUGCAGGCUUCUCCGAGAACAAACGGCGAUUGAUGCUUCGUAGAGUGAAGAAAAGUUACCCGGAAAAUGAUGAAGAGACUUCUGUGGGCAUAACGUUCAAGGAGUUCCUGGAUUUCACACAUCUUCUGAGAUCAGUUUCAGAGUUAGAUACAGCUCUGACAUUCCACACGCUAGCUGGAGCAGCCAUUGACCAGGCAACUUUCCUUCAUGUUGCAAAAGUUGUUGCUAACGUUAAAUUGACGCCUCAUCUUGUGGAUGUUGUCUUCACACUGUUUGACGAAAACGGUGAUGGUCAAUUGAGCUACAAAGAAUUCGUUCAAGUGAUGAAGAACAGUCUAUUUAGAGGCUUAGAUAAGCCCAUGGACACAGGUUUCAUCCGAUUUGUAAAUGCAAUUUUCUAUUGUAUUUACCACGAGGUUAAACGGCGUUUGGAGUAA